ACUCAGAGAUCAUCUCGUACUCAGCGGGAAGUACAUCAGCAGCAGCGAAAACUACAGGACCGACGAGAAACAGCGAGAAAGCAGUGUGCAAGUCUAGGGAGAUGUCUACAGAUUACUCUUUCAAGGGAUGGGUUGGCAAGAGCAGUGAUUGUAUCGAGAAGCAGGGUCUUGUCUAUACGGAUAUCGAACCGAAGAAAUUCACAGAGGACGAUGUGGAUAUUAGGAUCUCUCAUUGUGGUAUUUGCGGGUAAGCUCAUUUCCCUUCUCCACCCUUUCUCCCCCCCUUAUGAAUGCAACUUGCUGAGACGAGGGCAACAGGAGUGACGUCCACACCUUGACGAAUGGCUGGGGCGGCACGCACUACCCCAUCACCGUCGGUCACGAGAUCGUCGGCACAGCGGUAAAGGUUGGAAAGAACGUCCAGGGAAUCAAAGUCGGUGACAGGGUCGGAGUGGGCGCACAGUCGAGCUCCUGCUUGUCGUGCGGAGAGUGUAAAGUUGAUAAUGAACCCUACGUAUUUGCCCUCCCCUCAUAAACCCUUCCUCCUCCAGGCAGCUGCUUAUAAGGUGGGAACAGUGCGAUGGCAUGGUAACAACCUACAAUGGCACAUACCCCGACGGCACCCAGUCCACCGGUGGAUACGCAGACUACACUCGUGUUCCUAGUCACUUCGUCUUCAAGAUCCCGGAUGCACUCCCCAGUGAAGUGGCUGCACCCAUGCUCUGCGGCGGAAUAACCAUGUAUUCGCCCCUAAAGCGCCAUGGCUGUGGGCCUGGGAAGAGUGUUGGAAUUAUCGGCAUUGGAGGUUUAGGGUAUUCUCCCCUCCUCCACGCACACGUUCUCUCAUAUCAUAUUAUGAUACCUCUCGCGUUCCACCACGUCCUAAAUACUGACUAGAUAAAAAAACAGACACUUCGGUAUCCUCUUCGCCAAAGCCCUUGGGGCGGACAGAAUCACUGCCAUCUCACGCAAAUCCAACAAAGCGGCUGACGCCCUCGCUAUGGGCGCCGACGCCUACGUCGCGACCGAUGACGACCCCAAGUGGGCAAGCAGGCACGCCAACACCCUCGACCUCAUCGUGUCUACCGUGAACUCCCCAAAACUCCCCAUCGACUCGUAUCUUCAGCUCCUCCGCCCCCACGGCACUUUCGUCCAGGUCGGCGCACCAGAGGACAGUGUUCCCGGGUUCAGUGUGUUCCCGCUCAUCGUCAAAGGUGUGAGUAUCAGCGGAAGCAUUAUCGGCAGCCCGAAGGACAUCGAGGAGAUGUUGGAAUUGUCGGCACGGAAGGGUGUUAAAAGUUGGGUGAAUCCCUGGCCGCUUGAGAAGGUCAAUGAUGCCUUGCAGGCUUUUGAAAGGGGCGAGCCUCGGUAUAGGAUUGUGUUGGUUAACGAGAAGCAUGUUGGGAAAUAGACCACGUAUACUGGUCUAGGCAUAUGAUAGGAAUUUGCUUUGCAAGAUUGAUUAGUUUUUGUUUUUUGAAUGUUACCGAGAUCAAACACG